AUGGCUCAUAAAAGAAGCGUGAGAGCUAAGGGGUUGAAAGCAUCGCUGGCGAGCCCAGCACUCCGCAGGGUGGUGACUCGGGGUCUGCUGUCUUCCAGGCCUGAAGAGCCCAUACGCUACGGCAACAUCAUGUACGACCGGAGGGUGGUCCGCGGGAACACGUACGCGCUGCAGAUGGUGCUGCCGUCCGGGCGGCCUGACCCCAUAGAAGCUUCGAAACUCCAGCAGGCUAAGAGGAAGACUCUUGCCAAAAAACGAGCCCGAGACCAGCUCAGACCGCGAACCCCAGAGCCUGUGGAAGGCAGGAAGCAUGUGGAUGUGCAGACAGAACUCUACCUCGAAGAAAUUGCUGACCGCAUCAUAGAAGUGGACAUGGAGUGCCAGACUGAUGCAUUUUUGGACAGACCACCCACACCGCUCUUUAUUCCUGCCAAAACCGGCAUGGAUGUGGCCACCCAGAUACUAGAAGGAGAGCUCUUCGACUUUGACCUUGAAGUUAAGCCGAUGCUGGAAGUUCUGGUGGGAAAGACCAUCGAGCAGGCCCUCCUGGAGGUGAUGGAGGAGGAGGAGCUGGCCAACCUGCAGGCCCGGCAGUAUGCCUACGAAGAGCUGCGCAACCUGGAGCUGGCCGAAGUCCAGCGGCUCGAAGAGCAGGAGCGGCGGCACCGGGAGGAAAAAGAGCGGCGCAAGAAGCAGCAGUGGGAGAUGGUGACCAAAAACAGCGAGACGGCGCAGAAGAUCGCGGCCCACGCCUUCGCGCAGCGCUACCUGGCCGACCUGUUCCCCUCGGUGUUCCAGAGCCUCCGCGAGGGGGGCUACUUCUACGACCCCGUGGAGAGAGAUAUCGAGAUUGGCUUCCUCCCAUGGCUGAUGAACGAAGUGGACAAGGCCAUGGAGUACAGUAUGGUGGGCAGGACCGUGCUGGAUAUGCUGAUCCGUGAAGUGGUGGAGAAGAGGCUGAACACCUACGAGUGGAAGGAGGGCCAGGGCCCCCCGAAGUCUGAGGACAGGUCCGGCGUGCCGGGGGGGAGCCCAGAGCCGCUGGCGGACUACCAGCUCCUGCAGCCGGACACUCAGGUCCAGAGGCUGCCCGAGGGCACAGACUCCCUGCUAAGGGCGCCUUUGGAGGAAGGGCUUCUGGAGAACAUGGUGUCCCAGGAGGGGAGGUUCGCAGAGGAGGAGGAAGGCCCGAGACAGCGAGGGAAUCCCUAGGCAGGGAUUUCUGCCUGCGGAGCAGCUCCGGACCCACAGAAGGCCAGGAGUGGCCAGCAUCAGGUAACCAGGAGGCUCUCAGGAGGCAGAAAUGACGUUGCAAUCGUCAACAGGCCUUCUGUCUAUGGACCCGGUGAGUCGA